UGAUGGUUAAUUGUCAAAUAUAACAAUAAAUUUGCAGUGUUUUUUAACAUAAUUUGCUUUUUGAAUAAUUCUUUCUAACGCGUUUCGAUUAAGUGAUAAAAUGUCAAACAAUUUUCACUGUUGUCCUUCAGAUUAUAAACAAGUUCUUUUACUGUAUCCCUACAAGUCUUAUCGAGAGAGCAAGACGGAGUGCAAUGAAGAAGAACAUGUCGGCGAUUUCGAAUCGCGAGUUGUGCGUGCCAGUGACAAAAUAAACAGUGAUAAGGCCAGGUCGUACCCGUCAAAUAUUAUCGUGAAAAGUAGAACGAAGAAGCGGCGAGCCACUGCUACAAUUGACGAAAUGAGGGCGGCUGCAAGGCACAUUAUUUAUUCCGUAUCUUUUCUGGAUUCCUUAUGUUUUGGUCUCAUUGUGCCGCUGUUAACCCCAAGGAUCUUAAGUUUAGGUGGAUCUCACACCGUUGCAGGAAUUUUUAUAUCUUUACAAAUAUUAUGUCAACUACUAUCAGUUCCUUUAAUUAAUUCUUUUUCCAAAAAAUUUGGAUAUAAAAGCAGUUUACAGAAGAUGUUAUUAAUCAACUUGAUAACACUGUAUUUAUUGGGUUUAACCGAAAGCUGCUUCAAUUUGAUAUUGAUUCGUAGCAUUUACAGUUUAACAAACCAAACGGUCUAUCUCUGUAUAAACAUUUUAAAAGAGAUUAUGCCGAAAGAGGAACAUUUUAAUAUCGCCAACACGUUGCACGCUUCAAGUGUUGGAGGAUUUGUGGUAGGUGCAGUCAGUGGAGGAUAUCUUUUUGAAUUGUACGGGUUUUGGGAAGUCUGUCUCGUUUCAUGCGGUUUCAAUUUUGGGGCUAUUGUUCUUCUCAAAAAUCGAAACGCCUUCAAGCCACUUCAACAAAUGCAGGAGAAAGAUGAUAAGAGUAGCAGCGGUACGAAGGAAUCUAUUUCAGAAUCCACCACCAAAAGAAGUAUAAUCAAGAAGUCAAGUGUCUUAGACGAGUUUGUCGACGAGGUCUACAUUAACAUUGCAUCGGCCGUUGUGAAUUUUGAUUCGGACGUAUUCUCGAACCAGUUGUUCCUUUUUCUUUCUCAUUUCCUGUUCACACUUAGUGGUACCAUUUUCUUUACAAAAUAUCCCAUUCUUCUCAAAGUAAAUUACAACGCGUCCGCAGUUAUAAUAGGGUACACAGUGGCAUAUCAACGAAUGAUAAUUUUUGUAGUCAAUUUUACCAGCGGUUUCAUAAAAUCUUACUUCAGUCUGGAUAAAAUUGACAAUAUCGUCAACGUUUUCUUCAUGCUUAAUAUAGGUUUCAUAGGUCUGUGCUUUGCGCCACUGUACGAAAUUUACUUGCUAUGUUUUAUACCCAUGAUAGUCGCCAAAACUAUAGUCAAUGAUUUUUGGAGAAGUCCUACAGUGGUGGUAGAGAAUAAAAGGGAAAGUAUAGGCGAAACUCUUGACGUUUUGGGUAAAUUGACUGAAGUCAUAAUUCCGUCGAUAUUUGGAGUUUUCUGUGAUAUGUAUUUGGAACUCGCUCUGCAAGUUUUUGUACUAGUACCUCUAAUGACCAUGUUGAUAUUUCUUCCAUUUACCGAUCGAGGCCCUUUGAAGGACUCAGUGAAGACAAAAGUGAAAAAAAAUGAUUAACAAAUACAAAAAUGUAAUUAAAAAUGUAAUGUUAAUCGUACUAUUAAUAUAUCAUAUGUCUCCUUA